AUGUCAUCAUCUGGAUUAACUUGUAGCCCCUUGAGAUGUAGCCUUCAAUUACCUGCAAGAGAUGCGGGGUCAAGUAAUGACCGAGUUACUUCUUUUCUUAAUAUUAGGAGAUCUAAGGAUUUGCUUUGUUUACACGGACAAAGUUCGGCUGGUUCGACUCAGCAACGUAUAUGGAGUACUCCUUCGCUCAAAUGCGCAAUGGAUGCGUCCUAUAGUGAUGCUACAAAUGAGUCAGCUGGUUCGGCGAUAUUUCCGAGAAUCAAUGUAAGGGAUCCAUAUAAGCGACUUGGAAUUAGUAGGGAAGCUUCUGAAGAUGAAAUUCAAGCAGCCAGGAAUUUUCUAAUACGAACAUACGGAGGGCACAAACCAAGUGUGGAUGCCAUUGAAUCAGCACAUGAUAAAAUAAUAAUGCAAAAGUUCUACGAAAGGAAGAACCCUAAAAUCAACAUCAAGAAAAAGGUCAGGGAAGUAACCCAGUCUCCUGUUGUGCAGGCUGUUGUGAGCAGGUUCAGAACUCCAUCAAGGAAUCUCAUCAUAAAAACUUCCAUUGCAUUUAUGGUGCUCGGAGUGCUCACGGUACUCCUUCCAACUGAAGAAGGCCCUACCCUUCAAGUUGCCAUUUCUUUAUUAGUUACCAUGUAUUUCAUCUAUGAUCGGCUGAAGAGCAAACUCCGAGGUUUUCUUUAUGGGGCUGGGACUUUCGUCAUCUCUUGGCUUCUAGGAACAUUUUUGAUGGUCUCUGUGAUGCCACCCAUUCUCAAAGGACCAAGAAGAGUAGAAAUAGGAUCAGAGGUGGAUGUUGGAACAAUAGGUUCAACAGGAAGGACAGGAGAAGAUGAUGGAAGUGAGGUAGUAGUCAAAACAUCUUGUGGUAAGGACAAUGAAGACGAUGAUGCACUUCGAAAACCAGAACUAGUCCUUUCUUUGCUAUUAUCAGUUCUAAAGGCAAAAGCAGCUCCUCCAUCUGAAGAACAUCAGUUGUAG